AGUGUAUGUAAAAGGCAGGGGAGCGCUGCAGUGUGGAGAGCAGCUGUGGGAGUUGAAGCAGUGGACUGAUCGGGUCAGUACAGCAGCGAUGGGAGCUCUGAGGAGAUACGUGCUGCUGCUGGUGGUGUUGGUGGUCAGAGCAGAUGAGGAGCCUUUUCUGGGUCAAAGAGAAGUUACUUUCAACCUAAGUGAAUUGCUGGAUGAUGACUUACAGAGACCGAUUGCGUUUUCACUCAUUGAUUUCCCUGAGCUCGGCUCAGAUGUGGCUGAGAGGAAAGAGGGGGUCCCUGACACUCCUGACAUGACAAGAAACUUUCCAGCAGGUCCUCCUAUGUUUGGGCCACGGUCCAUGGGACCCCCACAGAUUCCUUUCCCUCUUGCUCGACCGAAUACCAACAACAUUCAAGCCAUCUGCCGCUAUAGUAAUCAACGCCCUCGAUAUCCUAGGGAGACCCUACCUAGCAGUUACUUUGGCUACUUGGUUCGUCGGGCAAAUGCCAUCAACCGGCUGGAGUCCUGGUUCUCUGUGUGUUGCAGCAGUGGGACUGAGGAUGAGAGACUACUUCUGUGUUGUGCUGAUCAAGCGUGGAAGAAGUCCCUUUCGGCUUUCUGUGAUGAUGAGUUCUCAGUUAAAGCCAGUCAUUAUCACUGCUGCAAGCAAACUGGUUCAAACAGAAGAACUUGCUUUGAAAAAGCAAGCCCAUCACACCUACAGUCAUAUGUGCCUUCUGAUCAUGAGCGUGGGUCAUGGGCCGUCAUCCCCUCCAUGGCUGAAGGCUUUAACUUUAACCCUAGCAGCUGCCACAAGCAAAGGCAUGCAUAUUUUAGUGUAUCACUGAUUGCUCGCAGAGCAAUAACAGGAAAAAUCCCAAAGGAUGUUUUCCCCCCUGGCCGUCCUAAUGCUGACAACAUUGAAUCUAUCUGUGCUAAUCACAAGCAACGAUGGUGGUAUGUCUCCAAAUGUCUGUUGCGUAAAGCCAACAGUGCGGUGGCACAUCAGGCUAAGGCCAUUGAUGUACUGGAAAAAGGCUUUGGUCAGUGCUGUAAGAAGAGGAGAGAGAAACAGUCCUGUGCAGAGAUGAAGUGGAAGAUGAUGGUGGAUGACUUCUGUAAAGAUGGGAUGAAGGCUGACAUGAAGCAGUUUGUCUGUUGCGAAAGGAAGGAAGGAGAGGAGCAGUAUAAUUGUUUUGCUGCUGCUGCCACAAACCCAGGAUAUACCCCCAACAAUGACAGCGCAUCUCUUUAUGAAGCUCGUCCUUCUUUAGACACGUUCUGUGAUAUGUACAGAAAGUAUCACAGUUUGCAAAGACAGUUAGGAAGUUGGCAUAUUGUUGCAGAUAAGUGGUCUACACGGUGCUGCAGUCCGAUGGAAGAGAAGAAUUCUGCCUGUUUGCAGACUCAGAUGGAGAGCAUCCUGGAUGAAGUGUGUAGUCACCCACUGUGGAAGAAUAGUGGAAGCUGUUGCAGGGAGAGAGGGAAAAGCCGCUCCAAGUGUUUCACCAAGUAUGUCCUGCAUAAACUAUCUGAAGAAAUGGGGGUAAACCACAGCCUUCGGAAGAAAUGCAGAACCCCUUUCUGAAAUCUUGCUAUGAUUGUUGAAUCGUUGUGCUGAGCCAAUGAUUUAGUUACAGUUAUGUUCCAGGUAUAAAUGUAAUGGAUCUGUGGACAGACUCACAUGGGUUAAGCCUAAGUGGAGCAAAAACUGCAUUUUUUAAUCAACAUUUUUAUUCACUAUUUUCUAAAAGAUUGUAUUAAUUUUAAUAGUAUUUUCAUACCUGUUCAAAACCGCAUGGUCGGUUUGUAAUCAUUAUGUAGACACUUUUUU